AUGCUCUCUCACAUGCGGUCCUCCUUCCUUGUGCUUCUAUUGCUGUUUGGCUCCUCCUGGAGUGAGCCCAACCCGGCAUCUUCAAGGAUGUGUUCAGAGAAAGACGGCAAGUCAACGAAGUCCGUGCUGCUGGUCCAGAUGGCGAUUGCCCCGCUGCGAUCGAAGAUGAACAGCACAGCACAGACAGAGGAGAAUCAGAGUCAACACCACGAGCUUCUUUCUGCCACGCGCUCGAAGGAAAGCUUGGUACAGGAGUUCUCCGGACGACUGGCCACAGCGCUUGGGGUCACCGAUAUCAUCAGCGUGUGUGUUCUUGUGCUGGUCUUCCUCCUGGCACUCUACUUCGUUUGGGGUGGCAGCUGGAACAAGUUGGAAGAGAAUCCAUAUGGCGAGCUGAAGAACACUGGCAUGCGUGCCAGUCGAGAAGCCAAAGACAAAUUCAAUCAGUGGCAAGCAGCACAGGAGCACGGUUCCCCAAUGGGUGCCUACAGCCCUUCACAGGCGUCAAGUGAGGCUUUCCCAACAUCUCCAGCUGAUGGAUCGCGCAGACAACAGAUGAGCUGCUGCUGA